AUGACGUCAGCCCCGCGACCGCCCGCUGCCCCAGCGUCUAGCUGGCCCCCGGAACUGCUCUUGCACUACGUACAAGUUAUCGUCCCAAUUUUACUGACGGAGGAGAUUCGGAGCCGUCACCCACGGUCACGUCACCGCCAGAUAAAGGAGUUCAAGUCGCGAUGUCCUGCUUCAUCAUCCAGUCUGCGUCUAUUGUGUAGUGGUGUUGAACACUUUAUUUUGGAAGUUAUCGGACGCCUCCCUGACAUGGAAAUGGUGAUCAAUGUACGAGAUUAUCCUCAGGUUCCUAAAUGGAUGGAGCCUGCCAUUCCAGUCUUCUCCUUCAGUAAGACAUCAGAGUACCAUGAUAUCAUGUAUCCUGCUUGGACAUUUUGGGAAGGGGGGCCUGCUGUUUGGCCAAUUUAUCCUACAGGUCUUGGACGGUGGGACCUCUUCAGAGAAGAUCUGGUAAGGUCAGCAGCACAGUGGCCAUGGAAGAAGAAAAACUCUACAGCAUAUUUCCGAGGAUCAAGGACAAGUCCAGAACGGGAUCCUCUCAUUCUUCUAUCUCGGAAAAACCCAAAACUUGUUGAUGCAGAAUACACCAAAAACCAAGCCUGGAAAUCUAUGAAAGACACCUUGGGGAAGCCAGCUGCUAAGGAUGUCCAUCUUGUGGAUCACUGCAAAUACAAGUAUCUGUUUAAUUUUCGAGGUGUAGCCGCAAGUUUCCGGUUCAAACACCUCUUCCUGUGUGGUUCCCUUGUUUUCCAUGUUGGUGAUGAGUGGCUUGAAUUCUUCUAUCCACAACUGAAGCCAUGGGUUCACUAUAUCCCAGUCAAAACAGAUCUCUCCAAUGUCCAGGAGCUGUUGCAUUUUGUAAAAGCAAAUGAUGACAUGGCUCAAGAAAUUGCUGAAAGGGGAAGCCAGUUUAUUAUGAACCACUUGCAGAUGGAUGACAUCACCUGUUACUGGGAGAACCUGUUGACUGAAUACUCUAAAUUCCUGUCCUAUAAUGUAACAAGAAGGAAAGGCUAUGAUCAGAUUAUUCCUAAAAUUUUGAAAACUGAACUCUAG